AUGCUGAAGGCAAAGACAGCUUUCUUAUUGCGUCAAAAAUCAUGCUGCAACCCAUUUGGUGAUUAUGUCAAACCAAAAACGGCUGGGUUGAGGGCUAUAACAAGGAAAGCUAUCGCAAAUCAUCCUGACUUAAACUUAAGGUUGGGACAGAAGAUUUGUGACAUUUGCCGAAAGAAAAUGAUGAAAACUCAUGUAGAAACAGUUGAUCAGGAAAAGUCCCCAACCACAGACAGCAAUGAUACUAUUGAUGCUGACAAAUAUUCUCCAAAGCCUGGCUGCUCUGAAGACUCUGAAUAUCUUUCCCAGAGGGCUGAAUUGAGCAUUUUAAACCAGUCACUGCAAUUAAUUGGAGAAUCACCUGUACGGACCAUAACACGAAAAAGAGAGAGUGACAAGUAUCUAAAGAUGAAAUCAAAGAAAAUAGAUGAUACUGUGAAAAAAAGACUGGAAUAUGCUACAGGGAAAUCAACAAAACUCCAGGAUGCAGAAGUGGAAAUGAUUGAGCAACUCAAGGAUAAGUUCCAAUAAACUAAACAGAAAAGUGAAAAGGUACAAGUCCUCACUUUUCUCCCUAAGAGCUGGACAGUAGCUGAAAUCAGGGAGGAGUUCAACGCAACAAACUACAUGGUGAAGAAAGCAAAGGCAUUAGUAAAAGAGGAGGGCAUUCUAGCAAUGCCUAACCCGAGGUCCGGGAAAGUAUUAUCAGAGAUGACUGAGGAUAUGGUACAAGCAUUCUAUUUGUCCGAUUCAGUGAGCCUGACAUGAAAGACUACAUUUCUGUCACUGUGGAUGGAAUAAAGCAACAUGCGCGAAAGCAUCUCAUGCUUUGCAACCUACAUGAAGCAUAUGAAUUCUUUAAAGAAUUACAUCCUGACGUCAAAGUUGGAUUCUCCAAGUUUGCUGAACUCCAUCCAAGGCAAUGUGUUUUAGCAGGUUCCAGUGGGACACACUCAAUUUGUGUGUGUACAACACACCAGAAUAUAAAGCUCAUGUUCACUGGAUGUAAGUCAGACUCUGUGACCAAGGGUGAGUUCAAGCACUACCGUCACUGUCUUGCUGCUAUUCAGUGCAAUCCACCUCGCAUUGAGUGCUUUUUCGGCAAAUGUUUGCAGUGUCCAGGAACAGACAGGCUAAGAGAGAAACUUGAACGAAAUAUGCAAGAAGACAUGAUUGCUCAAAUUCAGUACAAACAGUGGACAUCAACAGAUAGGUCAAACCUAGAAACGAGGGUCCAGACAGUUCCGGAGUUCAUGGAGUCUUUCGAAAGCAGCCUUUGUAAACUUUUGCUCCAUGACUUCAUUGCAAAGCAGCAAGUGUCUUGCCUUCAAAGUCUGAGACGUAAUCUGGAGCCUGGUGUCAUCCUGGUCAUCGCAGACUUUGCGGAGAACUAUAGCUUUGUAGUACAGGAUGCAUCUCAGUCAUUCCAUUGGAACAAUCUCCAGGCUACAAUCCAUCCGUUUGUUUAUUAUUACAAGAGUGAUGAACAAGACUCACCUGUACAUAACAAUCUCGUCAUCAUUUCAGAAUGCAAUAUUCAUGACACUGUUGCAGUUCACCUUUACCAAAAACAGCCUGUUCAGUUCCUUACCAACAGUAAUGGACAGAGCCCUAGAAGGAUUUGCUACUUUUCUGGUGGCUGUGCUGCACAGUACAAGAAUCGGAAAAACUUCAUCAAUCUGUGUCACCAUGAGGAAGACUUUGGCAUACCAGCUGAAUGGCAUUUCUUUGCGACCUCUCAUGGUAAGGGACCAUCUGAUGGACUUGGAGGGACAAUAAAAAGGUUAGCAGCCAGGGCUAGUCUACAAAGACCAUAUGAAAACCAGAUCACCACCCCUCAACAGCUUUUUGAAUUUGCACAGUCAGAGCUGAAGAACAUCAACUGCCAAUUUGUGAGCACUGAACAGUACAAGCAGGAGUCUCAAAUCCUGAAGGACAGGUUUGAAGUUGCUCGCACAAUUCCUGGCACCCAGAAAUUACACUACUUCUGUCCGAUAUCGAAGGAGAGAGUCAGAGUCAAAACAUUCUCAUCUUCUGAUGAAUACAGGGAUGAGCAUAUUAGUUUAACACCAGCGGUCAGCAGCGUCUCAGCCAUAAAUGGCUAUGUCACAGUGGCAUAUGACAACCUGUGGUGGCUUGCAUGUGUGAAAGAAAGCAUAUCAGAAAGCCAUGAAUUGCAGGUUACCUUCCUCCAUCCACAUGGACCAGCCAAAUCGUACACAUUCCCUGAACCACCUGACAUUCUGACAAUUGACUAUCAUGAUGUACUCACAUCAGUUCAUCCAGUCACUGCCACAGGAUGCACAUAUUCUGUUUCUGAUAAAGAGACUAAGGCUGCUAUGCCUGCCCUGAAAAAAAAAAAACUAAGGGCCUAA